AUGGCGCCGAUUUGGGGGCUGACCAUCCCACUGCCACCGUAUGUCAGCCUUCUAGUAUUAUCUGGUUUCCUUAUCUGGGGGCUUUGGGUGCUGUUUUCUGGGAAGAAGAGUAGGGAGCAUGUGGCAGCCAAGACAGACUCAGAGACUUCAAAACAGCAUAAAUUGAAAAACAUCCAGAAAUUCACAGGUCAGAAAGAUCCUAUCCUUUACUCUUCAGAUCAAGCUCCACAGUGGGAAGAAAAUCUCAGGAUGGGUUGCAUUGAAGCUAACCUGACAUGCUUUUCAGGACUCCCUGUGGGAUGGGGCCAGGAAUAUUUACUCUGGUCAAUGGACAGAAGUCUUCGACAGAUCUUCCAACACCUGGAAAGUGCAAGAUCAAAUCUUAUGGAAUCAUGUUUACCUGAACCACAGGAUAUGAUUUCUUCUUCUACCUCCUCUGUUUUUAUGGAACAGGAGCCUGUUCUACCCUGUUGUGACUGUAAGAAGGCAAAACAUUCUACUGACCAUAGCAUCUCCUCUGGAUCAUCCUGCAGCUCCAGCCUGUCACACCUUCCUGUCUUUUCUGAAGGAACAACCUGGCAAUUCCGGAGCCACAGUUUACCUAUUUUCCCCCAAAAUCAACCUCCUGUGUUCAGGAACCAAGGCACAUCUCUGCCUUCUUUCAGGCUCUCAGAGCUUGGGAAAUCAAAACUUUUUCAGAAUUUGGCAGCUCUUUCCCACUUAAGACCUGAAAGCACUUUUAUCAAUUCUCCUUUUGAAUCCCCAGAUCUCUGCAAACAACAGGAGAAAACAAAGGAUGAGAGAAGGAGCAAGAGUCAUUUGACAUCAGAUCAUGGGCCAAAUGCUAUUUUCAAAGAGAGACCACUAUUAUCAGGAUCAGCUCCAAUCCAGCUCUCUCCUUUGGCUAGGUGGGAGUUAGAGGGACAUAUGGCUUGGAAGGUUUGUACUUUGCGGGAACAAACAGUGCCUCUGCCUGUGAGGGAAUCGUGGGCGAUGCUGAAUUAUUUAAUUGAGGUACAAGGAGGAGUCCCUGAACCAGAGAAACCUAUGCCCAUUCAUCAAAGCACUGAGCAAAAUAUCAACAAUGAAUCCCCAGACCUUCCAUCAUUUCAGCUCCAUGUAAACAUUGGAGUGGAAUCUGGAUUAAAUAGAACAGAAACAAAAAUUUCACAGACUCUUAUCCCAGGUAAGCAGUCACAACCUGGGGAUGGCUCCCAAAUCCUUGGAUCCAGGCCCUUAAUGACAUCAAUGGGCAAUCUACCUCCCAAAAGUUUAGGAGUUGACGUAAUUCAAGAGGAAACCACUUUACUGCAGAAGGACCCAAAACAUGUGCUAGAGCUCAGUAUAGAGCAGAGGGUCAUAGGUCUUCCAGAAAAGAGGAUACAGCAGCAUAAGACCCAAGUGACUAAUGUGGAGUUGACCCCACGGCUACCAUAUCAAGUCACAGAUAGCAUAAAAGUAACUCCACUGGCAUUACUUCAAGUCAUGGAUUCAAUGGGGAUGAUUCCAGAGUCACAUUCAGAAGUAAUAGAAUCUGUGGGCUUGUUCCCACAGCCACCAAAUGAAGUUGUGAAACCAAUGGAAGGGAUGGAAACAGUGAGUAUAAGCCGAAAACCAUCAUGUCAAGUCACUGAAUCAGUGGAGGUAACCCCAAGGCCUCAGCAGCAAGUUAUGGAAUCAAGGAAGAUAAUCUCAAGACCUCUAAGUCAAGUCGUAGGUAAUGUGAAGGUAACUCCUGUAGCACUGCUUCAAGUCAUGGAUUCUAUGGGGAUGAUUAAAAAAUCACAUCCACAUAUCAUAGAGUCAGCGGGAAUGACCCCAAGGAUGCAAUAUCAAGUCAUGGAGUCAGUGAAAAGGACUACAUUGUUGGACCAUCAAGUCAUACAAGCAGGAAAGAUGAGUCCAAGGCCACAACAUGCAGUUAUGGAAACUAUGGGAAUUACCCCUGAGCCACAGCAUAAAGUUAUGGAAUCAGUGGAUGUAGCAUCAAGGCCACAAAGUCAAGUCAUAGAACCACUGAAGACUACUCCAGGGCCAAUAUGUCAAAAUACAAAAUCACUGGAGAUGAUCUCCAGGCCAUUGCAUCAAGUGAUGGAUUAUACGAAAGUAACUCCAGUGGCACUAUUACAAACUAUGGAUUUCAUGGGGAUAAUUCCACCAGCACAGGCACAUGUUAUAGAAUCUGGGGAUUUGGCCCCUAGUUCACAGUUGCAAGGUAUGGAAUAUGUUCAUUUGGCCGUACCAUCAGAGUUUUCAGGUAUAAAAACUGUGGAGUUGACCCUAAGACCACUACAAGAAGAUACGAAAUCUGUGGAGUUGGCCCCAAAGCUGUGGUUACAAGCUACAACAUCUGAGGAGAUAGCCCCAGUACCAUUGCUUGAAGAUGUGAAAACUCCUCAAGUGGUAGAAUGUAGAAGGUUGAUUCCUGAGACACAGGUAGAAGGUAUGAAAUAUGAGGAACUGAUUCCAAAGGCACACAUUCAAGCAGUAAAAUCUGUAGAGCUGCUCUUCAAACCAGAUCAUCAAGCCACAGAACCUGAAGGAUUGACCCUCUGUCAUCAAACUUCAGAAUCUUUAGGGAUAAUCUCAGAGCCAGGAUAUCAAGAAACAGAAGCAAAGUUGAUCUCUGACACUUGUCACCAUGCAGAAAAGUCUGUGGGGUUGAUACAAUCAUCUUUAGGAACUACUCCAGGGCCACUGAGCCAAGCUUCAGAAUCUAUGCAGAUGAAUUCAGUGUCAUUCCAAGGUAAUUUUGAGCCAAUGCUCCAAAGUGUAAAAGCCAUGGGGGAGAUUCCAGUGUCACAGUACAUAAUACAAGAAUCUCUGGAAUUAGUACCAGGAUCAGAGAUGCAAGGUAUGAAAUCAAAGGUGUUGACCCCAGAGUCCCAAGGUAUGAAGGUUGUUCAUCUGAAUCUAGGACCAUAUUUAGAAGUUAUGAACUUUACAGAGUCAUCAGAGAUACCCCUAAGGUCAGAAUAUGAAAAUACAGAAACUGUGGGGUUGGCAACGUUUCAAAUUGAAAACAUCCAGGAGGCAAUGCCAGUACCACCAUAUUCAGAAAAAGGAUCUCUGGAGUUGACUUUAGGACAAGGGAUGCAACAUGAGAAAUCUGAGCCACUACUGCAAAAUUUGAAAUACGUGAAGUUAACCUCUGAGUCAGCCCCAUUAAUGGUAGGAUCUAAACAGUUUAUUACAGGACCAAAACCACAUGUUACGGAGUUGACCCUAGAACCACAGCUCCAGGGAGUAAAGUCCAGGCAGUUGGAUACAGAGCCAAAAUUACAAGAUGUGAAACAUGUUAAUUUAAUUCAACAGUCAACUACUACUGGAGUGGUAGAAUCAGAGAAGCUGAUACAAGAGCCCGUGCUACAAAGUAUGAUAUCAGAGGAACUGACUAAAGGGGCACAGCUCCAAGGUGUGAAAUUGACCCUAGGGCCACAGUUGCAUAGUGUUAGAUUUUCAAAGUUGUCUCCAGAGCCGCCACUUCAAGGAGAAAAACCUAUAAAUUUAAUCUCAGGGUCUCCACAUUGUGGUGUGAAAUCUGAUGAAUUGACCCCUGGUCCCCCAAUGCAGGAAAUAAAAUUGUCAGAUUUUAUCCCAGAGCCAGAGCAUCAAAGUGUUGUAUCUGUACAGUUGACUACAGAACCACAACCUCAAAAUUUGAAAUUUGUGGAACUAAACUCAGGACCAUGCUUGCAAGAUGUCAGAUUUUCUGAUUUGACUCCAGAACCAAAGCAUCAAGGUUUCAAACAUGUGCAGUUUAUACCAAGAACACAGCUUCAAGAUAUAAAGUCUGUAGGAUUUGUAACAGAGUCAUCUUUACAGUUAAGUCAAGGGCUCCCAAUUGAAAAUAUGAAAUCUGUUCUGUCUAUUGAAGGGUCACAGUUUCACAGCAUGAAAUCUGUGAAAUUGAUCUCAGAACUACAGUUUCAAGGUGUGAAAUCUAAGGAACUGAAUGGAGGGCCAAGGCAGAAAGAUGUUGAAUUUUCUGAAUUGACUUCAGGGCCAAAGCUUCAAGGUGUCAAAUUUGGGAAGCAAACCCCAGGAUCACUGUUUCAUAGUGUGAAUUCUGUGGAGACGACUGUAGAGUUAGGGCUUCAAGAUUCUAAAUUAACAAAGAUGUCUCCAGGUCUUCAAGGUAUGAAACAGGUGGGGCCAUGGCUACAAGAUGUCAAAUUUUGUGAUCUGACAUCAGGAACUCAACCUCAAGGUGUGAACUUAACCUCAGAGUUAAACUCAGGGCCACAAUUACAAUAUGUGAAUUUUUUUGAGAUGACCCCAGAGCCAAAGAUGCAAAGAGUAGGAUCAAUGGAGUUGACCCCAGGACCUGAGGAGCAAGGGGUUAAGCCUGAGAUGCUAGUAUUGAAGCCACUGUUUGAAGGUGUAAAAUGUGUAGCAGUAGACCAAAUGUCAAGCUCUGAAGGUGACAUUUCUUCUGAAUUACCCUCAGAGCCACACAUACCAGAUGCAAAAUCUAUGGAGUUGACUCCUGGGCCACAGUUGCCAAGUGUAAACUAUUCUGAGUUGACCACAAGACCACAGUUACAAGUUAUGAAACCUACUGAACUGAUCCAUGGACCACAGUUGCAAGACGUAAAACCUAUGGAAUGGACCCCAGUCUCAAAGCUCCAAGGUUUACAAUCUGAGGUACUAAUGCCAGAGCCACAGCUGGAAGAUAUGAAAUCUGUGGAGUUCACCCCAGGGCCACAUUUGAGAGGUAUGAAAUCUAUGCAGCUAACAUCAAAGCCACAACUGGGAAAUGUCAAAUCUAUGGUGUUAACUCCUGGGCCACAGGUAGGGGAUGUGAAACCAGUAGACAUGACCCCAAGUUCAAAACUUCAUGGUUUAAAAUCUGAGUUGUUUAUCUCAGAGUCACAGUUGGAAAAUGUGAACUCUGUGGCCUUAACUCCAGGACAAUGUCAAAGAGGCAUGCAAUCUAUGUUGCUAACUCCAAGUCCACAGCUGGAAUGUAAGAAAUCUGUGGUGAUAACAUCAGGGCCACAGACAGAAGAUGUGAAAUCUGUGAAACUCACCCCAGAUUCCAAGCCUCAAGGUGUGAAAUCUAUUGAGUUGGCUCUGCAUUCAAGAAAUCAAGAAUUAGAAACUGUGAAGAUGGCCCCAAGAACACAGCUGCAAGAUGUGAAAACUGUGGAACUGAAACUUGGGCCAAAGAAGGAAGAUGAGAAUUCUGUAUUUUUUGCACCAGAGUCAUUGCUCCAAGGGCCUCAAAUGCAAGGCAUGAAACCUUGGGAAUUGACUGCAGAGCCACAAAUGCAAGAUAUAAAAAAUGUGGACAUUACCUCACGUUUAAAGCUUCAGAAUUUAAAACCUGUGGAAAAGACUCCAGAUCCAGAGCUGCAAAAUGUAAAAUCUGUGAAGCUGACCCCAAGGCUAAAGAAGCAGGUAGUAAAAUCUGGGGAUGCAACCAGAAGACAAAAGUUUCAAGGAGUGAAAUAUGUGGAUUUAGCCCCAAGGCAACAGUUUCAAAGGAUGGCACUUGAGAAUUUAACAACUGGGCCAAAACAGGUUGGUGAGAUAUCUGGAAUUUCACUAGAGCAGCAAUGUGUGAAUUCAGAGCAACUGAAGAAAGGAUCUAAAUCAGAAGAUGGAAAGUUAGUAGAUCUCAACUUUGAGUUACAGUUGAAAGCCAAGAAAUCAUUUGAAUUGACUGCAGAAUCAAAUAUUCAAGGUGUAAAAUAUGAACAGUUCGAACUUGAACCAGAGUUGCAAAGAAAUAAAUCUCCCAAGUUGACCCCAGGGACACCAUUGCACCAGGUAAAAUCCUCAAAGUCAGCCUCAGAACCACAGCUUCAAGGUGCGAAAACUGCUGAGUUAAAACAAGAGCCACAGCAUGAAAACAUGAGAUAUGUUCAGUGGAUACCAGGGCCUGAGUUCCAAAGUGUGAAAUCAAUAGGAUUAAAUCUUGAGUCACAAUCUCAAGGUGUCAAAUCUGUAGAGUUGAAAUCUUCAAUACAGUUAAGAGAUGUGAAGUCAUCUGAAUUGCCUCUAGGGUCAAAAAUUCAAGGUGCAACAUGUAUGAAGUUCAACCCUGAGCAACAGUUGCAGAGUGUAAAAACUCCUACGUUGUCCCCAGGACCACAACUGCAAGAAGGGAAAUGUUUGGCAUCAACCUCAGAGCCACAGCUUCAAGGUGUGAAAACUGUGGAGCUAAACCAAAAGCCACAGCUUAGAAGUAUGAGAUCUAUUCAAUGGAAGCCUGCACCAGUGUUUAAAGGUGUGAAAUCUCUGCUAAAUCUUGGGUUACAAUCCCAGUAUGUCAAACCAGCAGAGUUGAAACCUUUGAUACAGUUGAGAGAUACAAGGUCAUCUGCAUUGACUCCAAGGCCAAAGCUCCAAGAUAUACAAUCUUUGGCAUCACUUGAAGAACCUCAGCCUCAGGGUGUCAAUUUGAAACCUUGUCUACAGUUUAGAAAUAUGAAAUCAUGUGAUCUGACUUCUAAGUCAAAGCUUUGUGAUAUAAAAUCUAUGAUGUUCAAAUCUAGGCUUCACUUGCAUGAUGGGAAAUCUCCUAAGUUGACCCCAGGGCCACAGCUUCAAGAAGUGAAAUCUUUACAGUCAUCUCCAGGAACACAGCUUCAAGGUGUGAAGUCUCCAGUGCUUACACAAGAGCCACAGUUUCUUGAGGUGAAAUCUGGGGUAUUAAGCCAAAGGUCACAAUUACAAAAUGAUAAAACUAUAGAGUUGAACUUCCCACUACACUUGAAAAGUAUGAAGUCAUCUGAGCUGACUCUUCAGACAAAAUCUGAGGAUUUUGACUCCAGGACACAGUGGCAGGGCCUAAAACCUUCUAAGUCACCACCUGAGACAAAGCCCCAAGAUACAAAAUUUACUGAGUUAAACCCUGACUCAUGGUUGCAAGAUACAACAUUUUCUAAGUUGACUGUGGGGACAAAGAUUCGAGAUGUCACAUCUACAGAUUUCAACCCUGGGUCAUUGUUACAAGAUCAACAGUUGCAAGGAGUGAAAUCUUCUAAGUUAGUCUCAGACACAAAGUUUCAAGAUGUGGAAUCUGUGAAGUUCAAACCUGGGCCACAGUUGCAAGAUGUGAAAUCUUCCAAAUUGAUCAUGGGUGUAAAGCUUCAAGAUGUAAAAUCUAUGAAUUUCAGGUCUGGACCACACUUUCAGGGUGUGAAAUCUUCUGAAGUGAUCCCAAGCAAAAAGCUUCAAGGUGUGAAGUCUGUAGAACUGAAACCUAGUCCAAAGUUACAAGGUGAGAAAUCUGAUUUGACCCUGGGGAGGAAGUUUCCAGGUAUGAAGUCUGUAGAGUUGGACUCAGGCCCAUGCUUACAAGAUAUAAAAUGUUCUGAGCUGAUCAUGGGUAUAAAGCUUCAUGAUGUAAAAUCUAAGGGGUUAAGUUCUAGACCACACUCUCAAGAUAUGAAAUCUUCUGAAGUGAUCCCAGGGACAAAGCAACAAAUGAAAUCAGGGUUCAAUUCUGGACCACAGGUACAAACUAAAAAUUUUUCUGAGUUGAUUCAAGGGAUAAAGCUUCAAGAUGUGAGAUCCUUAGAGUUCAACUGUGGUCCCAAGUUACAAUGUGGGAAAUCUUCUGAUUUACCCCAGAGGAGGAAGCUUCAAGGUGUGAAAUCAAUGGAGUUUAACCCUGGACCACAGAGACAGGGUGACAAAUCUGAUUUGACGCUAGAGUGGAGUCUUCAGGAUUUGAAAUCUGCUGUUCCACAGCUGCAAGGUGUAACAUCUUCAGAGUUGACACCAGAAACAAAGCAUCAAAGUGGAGAAUCUGUGGAAUUCAUCACCAGGCCGGUGUGGCAAGAUAUGAAACCUUUUGAAUUGACUCUAGGUACAAAGGUACAAGAUGUGAAAUCUUUGGAGUUCAACUCAAUCCCACAGUUACAAGAUAGGAAGUUGUCUAUGUUGAUACCAGAGGCACACCUUCAAGGUGUGAAAUCUGUGGACUCUUUCAACACUGUGGCAAAGUCACAAGGUGCAAAAUCUUCUGAGCCUAUAAAACUUCAAUUAACAAAGUCUGCAGGGGUCAUCCCUUGCCUAGAAUUUCAGGGUGCAAAACCCUGUGAGUUGGCCUUGGAAUCAAAGAUUCACAGUGGGAUAUCUUCUGAGUUCAAUGCUGGAAAGCAGUGGCAAGAUGAGAAAUGUUGUAAGUUGAAUCCAUGGCCAGAGCUUCAAAGUGUAAAAGUCACGGUGUUCAAUCCUGGGAAACAUUCGCAACAUAUAAAAUCUUCAAAAUUAUGCAAAGGGACAAAGCUUCAAGAUGUGAAAUCUAUGGAAUUCAAUUCUGACCAACAGUUGCAAGAUGUGAAAUCUUCUGAGUUGUGCCUGGGAACAAGGAUUCAAGAUAUGCAAUCUUUAGAGUUCAAUCCUGGGCCACAGUUGCAAGAAUUGCAAGUUAUGAAAUCUUCUGAAUUGAAUCCUGAUCCAGAGCUUCAAGGCAGAAAAUCUAAAGUGCUCUGUGUUGGGCCACAUUUGCAAGGGGUGAACUCUUCUGCAUUCAUUUCAGAACCAAAACUUCAGUGUGUAAAUUCUACUGGUUGCAACCCUGGCCCACAUUUGCAAGGUAUGAAUUCUUCUGAAUUAACUUCAGGUUCAAAACUUCAACAUAUAAUGUCUUCUAAGUUGAAUUCAGGGACAGAGAUUCAAUGUGAGACAUCUAUGGUGUUCAACCCUGGACCACAUUGGCAAGGUCUGAAAUCUGAAUGGAUUCCAGAGUCAGAGUUUCUAAGUGUAGCACCUAUGGAAUGCAACCCUGGGCCACAGAUGCAGUGUGCAACUUCUUCUGAGUUGAAUAUGGAGCCAAAAUUACAAUGCUUGAAUUCUAUGGGGUGCAAAAGUGAACCACCCUUGCAAGGAGCAAAAUCUUUUGAAUUGACUUCAGGGGGAAAAUGUCAAGAUAUGGGGUCUGAAGUGAAUCCAGGCACAGAGAAUCAACGUGAGACAGCUAUGGUGUUCAACCCUGGACCACACUGUCAAGGUAUAAAAACUGAACUGAUUCCAGAAUCAGAUUUUCUAAGUGUAGGACCUACAGAAUGCAAUCCUGGGCCACAGAUGCAGUGUGAAAAUUCUUCUGAGUUGAACCCAGAGCCAAAAUUACAAUGUUUAAACUCUAUGGGGUGCAAAUGUGGACCACCCUUGCAAGGAGUAACUUCAGGGACAAAAUGUAAAGGUAUGAGAUCUUCUGAUUUGAAUCCAGGUCCAGAACUUCAAGGUAUAAAAUCUGUUAUGUUCAGUCCUGUGCAGCAUUUACAUGAUGUAAAAUGUGAAUUGACUACAGGGACAAAAUCUCAAGGUAUAACAUCAACGAAGUUCAACUCUGGCCCACAGCUGCAAGGUACAAAUUCUGAGGAGUUUCCCUCACAUCUUAGGCAGCACAGUGUAAGAUCUGUGGUGUUUGCACCAGAGCCAUGUCUUCAAGAUGUGAAAUCUCUGGAGUCAAAACCAGAGCCACAACCUCAAGAUGUGAAUUCUAAGAAAUUGAUUUCUUGCCUCAGGUCACAAUGUGUAGACUCUGAGGUCUUUGCACCAGAGCCAUGUUUUCAAGAUGUAAAAUCUGUAGAGUUGACACUAGGGUCCCAACAACAAGGUAUGAAUUGCCAAGAGGUGACUUUAGGAUGGCAAGGUGUGAAAUCAGUAGCAUCGGCAACAGAGUCAACUAAGAAGUCUAUAGCAGGACCAAUGUUGACUAAUGUCAAAUUUUCAAAUUUGUCUCCAGAAUCACAGCAACAAGGUGUGAAAUAUUUAAAGUUUACUCCAGAACCAAAGUUGCAAAGCAUAAAACAUGUAAAUUCAUCUAGAGGGUCUCUGCAGCAAGUUAUAAAAUCUGCAGAGUUAACAGCAGAGUCACUGUUUCAAAGAGCGAAAUCUGAGGUUCUAACUCCAAGAACAAACUCUGAAAUCACAGAUUCCUCUGAGAUAACCCCUAGGCCAGGGCAUCAGUUUGUAGUACAUGCAGAGAUGAUCCCAAAGCCAAGGCAUCAAGUCCCUAAAUCUGUGAAUUUGAUUUCAAAACCAAUUUAUCAAGUCAGAGAUUCUUCAAAAAUGGCACAAAAGUUGGCACAUCAAGGCACAGAAACUGUAGAGAAAUCUGUGAAGUUGACCCUGAAGCCAAAAGGUAAAGUCAUGCAAUCUUCAGGAAUGCCUCUGAAGCUAGAUCUUCAAGUACCAGAAUCUGUUGAUCUGACUCUAGUACUAAGGAAUCAAGGUUCAAAAUCCUUAGAAUUAACCUCCAAGAAGGGCAAUAAAAUCCCAGAAACUCUGGAGUUGGUCUCUCAGUCAGGGCCUCAAGUUAAGGAUUUGGGGGAGUUACAUACAAGGCCACUGCAGCAAGUUGUGGAAUCUGACAGGAUGACCCCAGAGCCCAAGCAUCACAUUUCAGAAACUAUGGGGUUGACCUUUAAAGCAAAGCUUCAAGGGGAAGAACUUCUUGGAAAGACCCCAAAGCUAAUAAAUAAAGCCACUGAUGCAGAGAGAUCUUCAAGGCCAUAUCCUCCAUCCCUAGAAUCUGUGGAGGUGAUCUCUGAGAAAAGACUGCAAAGGGAAGAGUCUGUAGUGUUGAUUACAAAGUCAUCACAUGAUGUCCCAGAAUCUUCAGAGGUGACAGAAGGGCUAAGAUAUCACAUUUCUGAAUCUGCAGAGUUGACUUCUGAGACAGGACUGCAAGUAAACAAAUGUAAGGAGUUGACCCCAAAGUCAUGGUCUCAUGUAGGAUCUUCAGAGAUAACAUUAGGUUUAGGACAUCAAACCCCAGAAUCUAUGGGUUUGACCUCUAAGCGAUUCCUAAGGGGGAAAUCUUUAGAGUUGCCCCCAAAGCAAACAGGUCAAAUUGCGGGACGUGCAGAAUCUACGGAGGUCACUGCUGAGACAUGGCAGCAAGGGGAGGGAUCAAUGAGGCUAACACAAUCGCAGAAUAAAAGUAUGAAAUAUUCAGAGACAGCCCCAGCACCACUGGGUCAAAUUACAGAAUUUACAAGGAUUAGUCCAAAGCCACGAGAUCAAGUCACAAAAUCUACAAAGACACAGCUUCAAGUUGCUCAAGCAACAGGGGUAAACCCAGUAGCUCCCCCUAGAGUUGUUGAGUCUGUCAAAGUGACUCCUGGGCCACCACUUCAAGCUGUGAAGUCUGUGACAUCAUCAUCAGGGCCAACCUCUCAAAUGGUAGACUAUGUUCACUUGACUCCAGAACUACAAAAUGUGAGACUGCCAGAGUUUACCUCAGGGCUACGGAGGCAAAAUGCAAAAUCUAAGAAAUUAAUCACAGAACCAAAGCACCAAAUGUUGGAAAUGGAUUUUACAGGGUUUAAAAUAGUCCAGACUGUGGGGCCACCAUUUGAAAUUGUGAAAUCUGAGGAAUUAGCACUAGGGCCAGUUCCUCAGAUUGCAGAACCAAUAGGAGUAGCUCUAGGAUUAGGGCACAAUGUAGCAGAUUGUUUGCAUUUACACCUGAGGCCACAUCUUCAGGAACCAGUAGAACCUGUAGAAUUAACUCCAAAGCCAAAUUCUGAAGUGAAAUCUGUAGGAUUAACCUCCCAGCCAACAUCUCCAUUCAAGGAACCUACAAUGUUGACUCAUGAACAAGGGCUUCAGGCUGUGAAAUCUAUAGGGAUAAAAUCAGGGCCUCAAGUCAUUGAAUCUGAGGAUUUGAAUCUAGGACAGGUGUAUCAGAAUAGGGAACCUGAGGACAGCUCAUCAGGAGAAGAGUUACAAAUACAGAAUUUUUUCUCUAGGUUUCUACACAACUCUUCAAACUCACUCAUCUCAAGUUCUGCCAGAACAUCUGAAUUAGGCCCUUGGGAUUCUGAGAUGUCAGAAGUGUCAAGAUUGUUAGAUAUAAAAAAUCUGGAGACAGAUAUUUUGCAGCCUGAGGAGUCUUUUAUAGACCUUGCUAUGAUACAGUCUUCAACUCUUCCCUUGUCUUUUCAUAACCAAACCUCUGAUAAGAUAGCUAACACUGUGAAAAGCCCAAAUUCUGUGGUCCCAGGAGUAGAUGUCAUAUCUAAGGAAAGGACUCAGAGGAAGCAGGUGGAGGAACCAGGGAGCUCACUCCAGAGUCUGUCUCAGCAUCCACCACCAAACUGGAGAUCACCAUCUAGGACCUUCCAGGCAGGAUCAGGGGCUCAAAGAGGCCUUACCUGGUCUGCCCUGGGCAGGCAACGGAAUGUCUUAGAGAGUCACUCCUGGAGGCAGCGGCUACCUAGAAAAUAUCUCUCCAGUAUGCUAACACUGGGGAAUGUCUUGGGGACCACUAUGGAAAGGAAGCUUUCUUCUCAAAAAUCUUCAACAGAAAGAGCCACUACAGAUACUUGUCAAUCUAUUCAGAAUUUAUUUGGGGUUCCAGCUGAACUGAUGGAAUUUUCCCAGAGCCUGCUUGAAAAGGGUCAAAGUACUAUUUCUCAGCCUUCAGUGGUCAAAAACUACAUUCAGAGACAUACUUCAUGCCAUGGUCAUGAGAAAAGAACAGCCUUAAGGAUGUGGACGCGUGGCUCCAUGUCCUCCAUGAUACAGCAUUACUCUGGGACUAGAAAGCGAAUAAAGAAAACAAACUCAAAGCCCAGUGAUAUAUCCCAGGAAGUCAUUCAGCACAAGCCUGUUUCAUGUACAGGAAGUCAGCUUCCUGCCCCAGUAAAGUUAGAGUCUUCUUUCAACGUAUUUUUUGCUAGGAGAGAUCCUGUUCCAGUGGAAGAGAUUAAGAACUCACGGAGUGGUUCACAGACAAGGACUUUUAAGUCCCAACACUCCCUCAAGCCAAGUAAUCUUUCCCAGGCCAAGACUGACUUCUCAGAACAGUUCCAGCUGCUACAAGAUCUACAGCUAAAAAUAGCAGCAAAACUGUUAAGGAGUCAAAUACCCCCCAAUGUGCCACCACCUCUAGCUUCAGGUCUGCUCCUAAAAUACCCUAUCUGCCUACAGUGUGGUCGAUGUUCAGGAUUUAAUUGCUGUCAUAAAUUACAGUCCACUUUUGGGCCUUACCUUCUUAUCUACCCACAGCUUCACCUUGUAAGCACUCCUGAAGGCCAUGGAGAGAUUAGGUUGCAUCUUGGCUUUAGGCUGCGAACUGGGAAAAGACCUCAAGUCCCAAAGUAUCAUAGAAGAGACAGAUCUAUCACACCAAGGAGCUCUAGAUCACUAUCAUUAAGGAAAGCUAAAGUCUAUAAUAGAGUUUCCAAGAGUCCUACCUCUACAGUAGAUUUCCAUUCUGGGUCUUCCCAGUCUCCUGCUCCUGUACAAGUCCACAUCAGGCGAAGGCAGCGUGGCAGCUCUGGCCUAGUGGGAAAGACAGAAGUUAGAGAGCCUGGACACUAUGAAUUCACUCAAGUUCACUCUCUACCAGAGAGUGACUCUGAAAGCAACCAGGAUGAAAAAUGGGCUAAAAUGAGAACCAAAAAGACCCAUGAUUCAAAAUAUCCAAUGAAAAGAAUCCCCAAAGGAGUUAGAACACAAAACACAAAGUUCUACACAAAUGGUAAAGCCAUAAUACAGAGUUCCUCCAGGGAAUUUCCAGCCCAGUUAAGAAGGAAGAGGAGUGGAGCAUCUCAGACAACUACCGCCUCUUUAAGAAGACAACCUAAGAAAUCCUCCCAACCGAAAUUCAUUCAAUUGCUUUUUCAGGGCCUGAAGCAGACAUUGCAAAUAGCACACAAAAUUUUGGCUUCUGUUAGGCAGAAGCCUGAGGACAGGACAAGGCCAGACCAUUUGUCAAGCAAAAAUUACCUUCCAAAACAAAAAGCCAGAGACUAUUGCUUAUCAAGAGACAUCGAAAGACACAGGAUACCAACUGUCAAGCUAAGGCCAACAGACUCAAUCACUAAGCAGGAGAGCACAUUGUGGGGAGAAAUAGACCAAUUCAGAUCAGCUCAACAACCAAAAAGAGACAGCUCUUUCCAACCCAGACCUAUCCAACUGCCCAAGCCCAUAGGUUCACAAAGAAGUACCACUCUCAAAACCACCUCAACGAGACAGCCUUUGGGUCCUGUUCAAAAUGACAGUAGUAGCAGAGCUAAGAAAAACUUUUACAGAAAUGAAAUCUCUAGCCAGGAGUCCAAGAACUCCAAAACAGGAACCAGAGUUCAUGCUGGAGGGAGAAUCCUACUUGGUUCCCCUAUGAAGAGAACCUCACACAGCCACCUUAAAGAGAAACCCACACACAAGGAACGACACCAUCACAGAUUCUGUAGGGAAAGAACCUCAUGUAAUUCUUCUCAAAGGAGCCAAUACAGUCCCUCUGAGAGGGGCCAUCCCAGUCCCUCUGAGAGGGGCCAUCCCAGCCUCUCUGAGAGGAGCCAUCACAGUGCCUCUGAGAAGGGACAUCGCAGUGCCUCUGAGAGGGGCCAUCGCAGUGCCUCUGAGAGGAGCCGUCGCAGUGCCUCUGAGAGGGGACAUCGCAGUGCCUCUGAGAGGAGACAUCGCAGUCCCUCUGAGAGGAGCCAUCACAGUCUCUCAGAGAGGAGAUGUCGCAGUCCUUCUGAGAGGAGAUGUCGCAGUCCGUCUGAGAGAAGGUGUCGCACUCCCUCCGAGAGGAGCAAUCGCAGCCUCUUUGAGAAAAUCCGUCGCAGUGCCCCUGAGAGGAGAGGACAUAGUGCUUCUGAGAGAAGACAGCACAGGCCCUCUGAGACGAGAAGACACAGUCACUCUGAGAGGAGCCACCACCGGCCCCCUAAGGAGAAACUCAAGCACAGCUCCCUCAGGGAGAGGCCCAGACAUAGUCUGGCUAAAGAUUUCAUGAGUAACUCAAAUACGUCUCCUGGCGACCACACCAGAAAACUCCAAGGUAGGGCAGGUUUGCAGGCCUAACGCUAGUAGAUGGGAAGAGACCUGCCCCCGUUAUUCAUUGCCUCACUGAAAUCUCCACCGAGCGGCCCUUUCCUGGCUUCUUUCCUGCUCAGCCUCGGCCUCCACUUCCCGCGCUCUCAGCGACAAAAGAGCUUCUACGUCUCUCUACCUGGGGGGAGGGAAGGCGGGAAUGGAUCUGUUAUUCCCUAAG